AUGGGCUUGGAGGCGGAGCUCUGGGCAGUGUAUAAAGGGCUCAAGAUCAUUCUGCAGCGAGGAAUGAACAAGGUCAUCAUCGAAACGGAUGCAGAACAAGUGGUGCAGCUGCUAAAUGAAGAACCAGGUGCUAAAUGCCCUUUUCGUGGCAUUGUGGAGGACUCAAGGAUCAUCUUAAGGGGCUGCAAGUGUAUAGUCCAACAUGUCUGCAGAGGAGGCAACAUUUGUGCAGAUAAUUUAGCUAAACUGGGAGCUAAUCAACCUCUUGAGCUGCUCAUUGUGAAUGAACCUUCAGACGAAAUUCGCCAUGCGUUAGUUGCGGAUUUGUUGUAUCUGGAUGGGAGUAAUGAGGCCUAG